CGGAAUCGUACAAUGGGCUCUGCUAGAAGCAGAGACUUCUUAUGAUUAUGGAAAUAGGGUUAUGUCGCUUGUAGUUGUAGUGUACAAAGAGUUGGAGUGUGGGGCAUGUUGGGAAAUGAUGAUACAGGCAUGGAUGACCCGUGACAGGAAGGUGAUGGAUCCAACAUUGGAAACAGAUAAUGAAGAACAUCGUAUGGCUUCUUGUGUACCCUACAUGAUGUCCAAUGAGAGCCAGGAAUCUGGAUAUGUGGACAACUGGCAGUCAGGGAAGACUGUCACAGAGUGUAAUCUGCGCAUGCUCAACACGGAAGACUUAAGUGACGUCACAUUCCGUGUAGGAUCAGAGGUGGUCCGAGCACACCGCUACGUUCUUGUCAGUCGCAGCUGUGUCUUCCAUGCCAUGUUCUGUGGCCCCCUGGCGGAGACAGGGGAGGUAACCAUCCCUGACAUUGAGGCAGACAUCUUCAAAGAGUUCUUGAGGUAUGUGUACACAGACAAGGCCUCUAUCAACGCUGCAACAGCCACGGGUCUAAUGUACACCUCCAGGAAAUAUGCCAUAGAUGCAUUGUACAAUCUCUGUGUAACGUUCCUGGAAAAGUCCCUGUCAGAAGACAAUGUCUGUCAGAUCCUUGAGCAGUGUCAUGGCUAUGGGGAGCUGGACUUGGAACAAAAGGCCUUGGAGAUCCUGACUCGAGGAGGCAAGAGAGUCAUCCAAUCUCACGGGUUUUUGAAGCUUUGUGCUGAGUGUGUGGCUAAGUUUGUGAGGUCAGAUAAUUUGGAUUUUAAAGAGGAAGACAUCUUUGAAGCAGUUCUGUCCUGGACAAAAGGAAGAUGCAAACAGGAAGGUGUCAAUGACACGCCUGAGAACAGACAGAGUUUCCUUGGGGAUAUAAAGUAUGAGAUCCGGUUUACCAGCAUGCCCUUAGAGUAUCUGGUGAAGGAUGUAGGCCGAUCUGGUGUGCUGACAGACAGUGAGAGAAUACGAAUAAUGGACAGAGCAGUAGACACAACUGUUGACAUAUCGCCAUUUAAACAUUCACAGAGAAAAACCGUAAGUACUAUAGAAAGGAAACCGAAGGCAUCCAGUGUGUAUAGGUAUGUGUCUUAUCGCAAUUUAUUGAUACCAGCUGGGUCCAAUGCUAUCUCUUUCUCGCCUAGCAAGAGCAUAUCCCUGCAAGGGUGUCAGUUGUAUGGUGGAUAUGAUGAUGCUGAGUAUAAACUGAAUAUCACUUUUUAUGACCUUGAUAAAGUGGUGUUUUUUGAACGGAUGAACACGAUGAUGCUUCAGGGCAGUAGACAGCUGAAUGAAGUCCUGUUUCCAAGGCCUUUUCCCCUAACAGCAGGUGCGACCUAUACUCUGUGUGUGGACAUGGAGGGACCCGACACUGUCUGUGGAGAGGAAGGAAAGGAUACAGUAACAGUGGAUGGAGUAAAGUUCACAUUUAAAGACUGUCUAAUGCAACGCACAAUCACAUCAACACGUCGAGGACAGAUACCUGGUUUGAUGUUCAAUCACUCGUCAUAGGGAGUACUCGUAUAUCAGGUGUGGCUUGCUGACCACUUUGACACUGUGGCAUAAUUUGAUAUUGUGAAAACCAUAUAAUUAGAGGAUAACCCACGAGAUACUGGUGAUUACGGAAAAUAUGGCCCGAGUGAAAUU